CCCCCCCCCCCCCCCCCCCCCUCUCCCCCAGCCGCUCAAUCUAGGGAGCGCAACGUUGCGAUGGCCUGACAGGUGGCCUAGGGUGUGACUCUAUCUCAGACUUUAUGAAUUCUUUUUUCUCUCUCUCCUUCUUCUCCUCUACCAUGUCCUUCUCACCCACCUCCCUUUGUCUCUGCUCUACCACCAGCCCCCUUUGCUCUACAACCCCGGUGUCUCUGUUCCUCUGUUGGUCCUCUAGCUAUUCUAGCUGAUCCGAAAUAACCGAUCUCGUCUUCUUGCUCGAUAUUUUCUCGUCGGUCGCGUGCUAUGGACUCGUCCGAGUCGUCUCGCGCGAUCGGGCUCGCGUUGGGACAGAACCGUGUCGGGAUGGCUGACACGGCCGUUGGGGCCGCCGGGAUGGCAAACACGUCCAACUCGGCAGGUUCAGGAUCGGAUGCCAUGCUGGAAACAGUGGUCAACCAGUUGUCGAUGUUUGAAACGGUCUUCCUCACCCAUGCCCCGCUGUUCGAGUCGCUGCUCCUCCAGAUCCCGACCGAAUCGAUCCUGAGCCUGUAUCACACCUCGUCCACCCUGCGGAACUUCAUCCGGUCGUCUCCUACCGCAUGGCGGUCAUUGUCCUUUCGUCUCGCCUAUCCGUCGGGCACCCAGCCUCGUAUCGUGCUGCCGGGGGUGAACGAUGGGUUUACCGCACGCCAGUCUCGUCCCUAUGCCCUGGACCAGUUGUUAAUGCACGUCGCCGUCCCGUUUAGUCCGUGUCUGAAGAGCCUCGAGCUGGACAACACUGCGGUUUCGGGACAGAUCCUCGUCUCCACCGUGCUUCAUGCCCGCCGGGAGACCCUCGAGCAUCUCUCCGUCCGCGGGUGCAAGAAUGUCUCGCUCAAGUACCAUAUCAUCCCGUAUCUGACCAUGUUCGGUCUGCAGCAAGACGUCCAGAUGGAGGCGACCAAGAAGACCAAGCACCGGACCCCGCCCCAAAAACAGCAUCUCGCUCUCAAGAGCCUCUAUGCUUACCGGUGUCGCCACCAUCGUCGCCGGCCCUACCUCACCUCUUCCUUGCACCGUAAGGAUUCCGACUCAGAGCCUACCCACGAGCUGGUCACGCUGUGCCACAAGCUCGGCAUCUGGACCGAUACCGCUUGGUGCACCACUCCUGCCGGCCGCUGUUUCCGCCGCCGUGGCUACGUCGCCAUGCGUACCCCGCAGGGCUCGCCGGAGGUCUGGGUCGUUUACGAUCGCCUGUGGCGGUCCAAGAACUGGAUUGGGCCGACAGAUCACACCGGGCGUGGUGGUUCAUCCUCUUCGACUUCUUCGUCUGCAACAUCUACUACCCCUCCCGACGGUCGUUUCUGGGAGUGCCAGGAGACCGGCUGUGGCGGCGAACCACUGGGUAUCGGCGAGGGCUAUGACCACGGCGAAGGCAAAAUGGUCCCCACCCAUCUACGGCUCAGCCAUCGGCGUUUUCUCGAGAAUAUCCGCUGUGACGUCUGUGCCGAUGUGAUCCCCGAGCGCUGCGAGCAAUGCAGCAUCCUCAUGCACUGCUCCGGAUGCCGCAAAACUCUCUGUGGUAGCUGCGCCUACGACCGCACCUGGCUGCGUCCCAGCCCAUCCUCGAACAUCAAGCUCGAAAGUUUCUGGUGGGCCCCCGGUGCAAACAUCAACCCGUGCCUCAUGCAGGACCCUGCCCGUAUUAUGCUCGAGCUGAACCCCUACACUCCAAUCCCGAACAGUCCGUACCCAAGCCUCAAGUUCCAUUGGUGCUGCACCGAGCCCAUCUUCUCCGGUGGUGGUGGGAUCAGCAUCGGCACGGCCAACCGCGAUGUCGAUCAGAUCCGCGCCGUGCCUCUACCCCGCGGCCAGGGAUGGGAGGAGUUGGACUCCAGCACUGCUGUGAGCCACUGGACCCCGGAGCCCGAUUUCUCGCUCGCCACCGGCCACGCAGCCAUCAUGCGCUGGCUGCUGACUCCGCCCGCCCGCCGUACGUCUUCGUGCCCGCGCAACUUGUGCACCGACUGUUAUGAAAACCCGCAGUGGAAACUAUUCUGUAAGCAUUGCACCCGCCCGCUGUGCAUCGAGCACGAUCUGCGCGGCCUGCGGCUCCGUAUCUGCGGCUACAAAGACCUCGCUCUUGAGAAGAUCGCCAUCGAGUCUCGCACAGGGAACAUCGUCGCCGGUCGCGCUACGGGAACCAUCCUAGCCCCCUUCUCGGUGCCAUUCACCGGCCCUCGUCUGGUCGAUUCUGCCGCCAGUAGUUUCACCGAAGAACAUACUGAGACUGAUGGCGCGCCUGCCAUACCCACCCCACCUCCUGUUAUGGCUGUGCCUGUAGCUGCAGCAGCGGCGGCAGCGGCAGCGGCAGCGGCAGCGAAUGCGGCUACCGUUCCAGCCACGCCCGCUCAAAACACCACUCAUGACUCUACCUCCCCCGCACAGGACGAGAUGGAACACCGCUCUCGCAGCCAGUCAAUCACCUAUUCGAACCACUCGCGCGGCUCGUCCCCGUCCUCAGUGUACUUGGACUCGACGUUCGAAACCCCCCGCUGGCAAGGGUGCCAGUCGUUCUACUGCCCUCAGUACCGGGUGGUGGGCGACCAGCGUUCCCGUUGCGACUCGGUGCUGCGCGAGUGCACCACCUGCUCCGUUUACGUGUGCCAGGAGUGUGUCGCCGAGAACCCGCCGUGCACUUGCUCCUACUGCCAGGUCAACUACUUGUGUCCAAACUGCCGGCACGUCCGCCAGCGCGAUGGAAGCUGCCAGGGUACGUUGACCUCGGCCGAGACGCGCCAGCAACGCAAGUGGAAACGUGACAUGGCGGUUCUUGAGCGUCUGCUCGACCAGAAGCUUGCCAAUGAGAUCGCCGAGUUUGCUGGUGACUUCUUCGGAGGGUUAUCCCACUAAAAACUUCCCACCUCGCUACCCUCACCUAUUUCUCGUCUAUUUCUCUACCCUUUACCUCUAUUCCAUCCUCACCCUUGACUCUUCUUCAUCGACACCUUUUAAUGACUCAUUUUAGCUCUCUCUCGGUGGUUAUCUGCUAGUUCGGCGCCAACAUUGUUCGGGUAAAAAAAUACCUUGCGUUUGCAUUUAUCGGCCGGAGUUUUUCUUCUGUUUCUCUUUCUUUUUUUUCGUUGAUAUUGGCUGGUAC